CGCUAAAAUGGAAGAUACCCCGAGGUUUUAGCGGAUUAGGGCUUUUGUAUGUGGCCCCUGCUUUUGCUUUUAAUUCGCAUUGCCCCAUUGCCCCUCCUUGAACUUUUUGCGUCACCUUUAUUUGGCGGGGCACAAUAGAUCAAAAGCUUAUCGAUAUCAUCUGCCCCGCCAUCUAUCAAACGAAAGUCUGCAUGGCGCUUAGAAAUGGAAAGUGAAGGAAGGAGGAAAGUACCGAAAGAAUAAGACUCAUUUCCACCUUUAAGGUUAUACUAUUUUAAUCAUACUUCUGUCGCAAAAAGCAUACUAAAUCUUAUUCGAAAGUGAAUGGAAAUAUUAAACUCUAUUCUAUUCUUCUUGCCUAAGCUUGCAGGUGCAGGUGCCGGGGUAACAAAAUUAGUCACUCGCUGGAAUGAUUCAUACUGAGUUCAUUCUAAGUCGCGUUCAAUUAGCAACUCCAUUAUUUCUAUUUACAACUUGAAAUAAAGAUCACAUAUUAAAAACAUUGAACCAAAUCUAUAUUAGAUUUUUACGAUAAAGUCUAACUUCAAUCUAAUAUCGUUCUUGACGAAAACUGAAACAUCACCAAGAUGCCUGUCGUGAGCCCAGAGAAGCUGGCUGCUCUGCAGCAACAUGCAGAUGAUAUAAGAAAUAUUUGUAUUUUGGCUCAUGUUGACCACGGAAAGACCUCCUUAACCGAUGCGCUUCUCGCUACAAAUGGCGUUAUUUCACCAAAACUUGCCGGCAAGAUCCGAUAUCUGGAUUCACGGCCAGAUGAACAAAUCAGGGGUAUCACUAUGGAAUCUUCCGCCAUCUCAUUAUACUUCUCUAUGCUUCGAAGACCAGCUCCUGAUGCUGCACCAAUACCGAAGGAGUACCUCAUCAACCUAAUAGAUUCACCCGGUCAUAUCGAUUUCAGCAGCGAAGUAUCAACCGCAUCAAGAUUAUGUGAUGGUGCGGUAGUUCUAGUCGAUGCUGUCGAGGGUGUUUGCAGUCAAACUGUUACAGUUCUUCGUCAGACAUGGACGGAGAAGUUAAAACCGAUUCUGGUCAUCAACAAAAUAGACCGAUUGGUCACCGAGUUGAAGAUGACGCCUGGCGAAGCUUACAUUCACCUGAGCAAACUACUAGAACAGGUGAACGCUGUUCUGGGAAGUUUCUUCCAAGGAGAACGUAUGGAAGAAGAUCUUAACUGGCGAGAACGAAUGGACGAACGAGUAGCUGCAGCUGCGGCGCGAGAGUCAAAGAUAGGGGACAUCGAAAGCGAGGCAGGCGAUUUACAAUUCGAGGAACGAGAUGAUGAGGAGUUAUAUUUUGCCCCUGAGAAGAACAACGUCAUAUUUAGUAGCGCUAUAGACGGGUGGGCAUUUACCGUCAGACAGUUCGCAAGCUUGUACGAAAAGAAGCUCGGCAUAAAACGAAAUAUUAUGGAAAAGGUAUUAUGGGGUGAUUUCUACUUGGAUCCAAAGACCAAAAAAGUUUUGGGAAGGAAACAUCUAAAAGGUCGAAAUUUGAAGCCGAUGUUCGUCCAGUUAGUGCUUGAGCAGGUCUGGGCUGUAUAUCAAGCAACGACAGGUGGUGAUUAUGGAAAGGGGGAUUCCUCUUUACUGGAAAAAAUUACAAAGUCAUUAAACAUCACUCUUCCUCCCCAUAUCCUUCGGUCAAGGGAUCCUCGGCUAUUACUUACAACUGUUUUUUCGGCAUGGCUACCACUUUCGACAGCUUUAUUGGUAUCUGUUGUCGAAUCCUUACCAUCACCAAAAGUCGCCCAAGCAGAACGGUUGCCUGAGCUACUGGAAGACUCGCCUGGUUCAACUCACAUCGACCCUUCAGUUAAAGACGCUAUGGUAAAAUUUAAAACCGCGAAGUCAGACCCUGUCGUCGCAUAUGUCAGUAAGAUGGUGUCUAUUCCGGAAAGUGAACUCCCCGAGAACAAGAGGCGGACCGGUCAACUUAGCGCCGAAGAAGCGAGAGAGCUGGCCAGAAAAAAGCGAGCUGAAUUUGCUCGCGCUCAAGCGUCAGAAAGCAAUGGCGUGGAUGAUAUUGCCACGGCUCUCGACAGCGCUAAUCUAGACGACUUCAUUCCCGCGCCUGAAGAGAAAGUAGUUGAUCCAGAGCAUCUAAUAGGCUUCGCACGAAUGUAUUCCGGCACUCUAUCGGUGGGCGACGAGUUAUACGUUCUACCCCCGAAAUUCUCUCCAGCGAAUCCACAUGCAACCCCCGAGCCGAAGAAAGUUACUGUAACGGCCCUAUACAUGCUCAUGGGUCGCAAUUUGGAGUCAUUAAACUCCGUCCCAGCCGGUGUUGUUUUUGGUAUUGGUGGUCUCGAUGGCCACAUACUGAAAUCGGGAACCCUUUGUAGUCAACUCGAAGGCUCCGUCAACCUGGCAGGUGUCAAUAUGGCAGGAAAGCCUAUUGUACGAGUCGCUCUUGAGCCAGUGAAUCCAGCCGAUUUGGACAAAAUGAUCCAAGGUCUCAAACUCCUGGUACAGAGUGACCCCUGUGCCGAAUACGAGCAAUUCGAAAGCGGCGAGCACGUAUUACUUACAGCCGGCGAGUUACAUUUGGAGCGUUGUUUAACCGAUCUGAAGGAGAGAUUCGCAAGAUGUGAUAUUCAAGCGGGUGCGCCGAUCGUACCAUAUAGAGAGACGAUCGUGCGCGCUGAAGAGAUGAGACCACCGGUGAAUAAGGAAUUGGGAAGAGGUGUAGUUGUGGGUGUCACGAACUCGAAACAGGUCAGCGUUACGAUCCGAGUACGGCCAUUACCCGCAAAUGUCACGGAAUUCCUGCUCAAAAACCCUGGAUCUAUCAAGCGUCUAUACUCAGAGAAGAAGGCGCUAGACGAGUCAGAGCAAGAAAACGGGGUUGAUGGGGAACAACAGAUCGAAGCAGAUGAUGACAUCACAGAAGCCGACUGUUUGACUCCUGAAGAAUUGAAGAAACAACUUCAAGCUAGCUUAGAAAGUGGCAAAGGACGAGAAGGCUGGAAAGGGAUUAUCGACAAAAUAGCAGCCUUUGGGCCUCGACGGGUUGGACCGAAUUUACUCAUAGACGCUACGAAGGACGGACAUUUUCCGAAAGUCUUCUCCCAAGAGAAAGAGGAGGAUGGUACCAGCCCAAAGGCGGGCGAAACACUUCAUGCCGCCCAUCUAUGUGAUAAGGUCACGUACGCAUUCCAAUUGACCAUGAAUCAGGGGCCAUUGUGUAAUGAGCCGGUACAAGGUGUGGCUGUCAUAAUUGAAGAUAUGACGGUGGCCCCCACGGAAGAAGAAACCUCAGCUCGAGACCGACUUGGUAGGCUUACGGGUGAAGUCAUCAAGACUGUACAACAGUGCAUCCGUCAGGGAUUCUUGGAUUGGUCACCACGGCUUAUGCUCGCAAUGUACUCAUGCGAGAUCCAAGCUAGCACUGAGGUCCUAGGACGCGUAUAUGAAGUCCUAACAAGGCGCCGUGGACGUGUGCUAUCCGAACAAAUGAAAGAAGGAACGCCCUUUUUCACGAUCCAGUCUACCAUCCCAGUAGCCGAGUCCUUCGGUUUCGCAGACGAGAUGCGUAAGCGGACGUCCGGUGCUGCUCAGCCCCAACUUAUCUUUGCCGGGUUUGAGGUCCUGGUAGAUGAAGACCCAUUUUGGCAACCAUUUACUGAGGAUGACCUUGAGGACCUAGGCGAACUGGCUGAUAGGGAGAACGUGGCAAAGAGAUACAUGGAUGGAGUUAGACGAAGAAAGGGGUUGCUGGUAGAGGGUAGGGGGCAGAGAGUUGCGGCGGAGAAACAGAAGACGCUGAAACGGUAGAGUGAAUAGAGUGAAUAGGGGUGGAACUCGUUGCUCGGUUAGACAAUAGUAUGAGAGUGUGUGUAAGCAUGCAGUACUACUGGAUAGAGAUGGAUGUUGGUAAGAAUACCUCUGAGAGCCCUUGUAUUUAACACGGCAUAAAAGGCACAUGCAAAUCAUAGCGCACGAGCAUUACAACCCAACCACGUGUGAAGUAAAUUGUAGGAUAUUAUAGGUAGAUCACCCGCACUCCGUCAAUUAGCCCAAGCGAAGGAGGGAACACGUCGUAAAGGUAUCACACCCAUAUUGCCGCAUAAC